UUGUUUUUAAUAUGUUCAAGGUUUUUUGAACCCGAGGCCUCUCCCUCAUUUUCGGAAGACUGAUCCGGACCAACAGCACUUGAAACAAACUCUUCACCAAAUUCUUCUUGUUCCUCUGGUGUCAAUGACAAAUCCAACAAAUCGUCAUCCAUGUUUUCCUGAAAUGAAAACUGAACAACAGGAUCCGUUGUACCAAAACUGUUUAGAUUUUUAUAAUCCCGUCGCGGAACCGAUCUUUUGGGUCUACCGCUCAUAUUUUAACGAAACAUUAGCACAAAAAAACUAUAGUAAAGUAAAAGUCUAAAACUAUCACAUUAAGAAAUAUCUAUCUAAAUUUUAAAAAUGUUCUCUAAACUAUCGAAAUUGUUGAUCGACGCUUCAACUCGAAAUUCAAAAAUAAAUAUAUAAAAAUGUUUUCUAAACUAUCGCAAUUGUUGAUCGACGCUUCAACUCAAAAUUCAAAAACAAUAUAAAAAUAACUAAGUGUUAACCGUGUGAAAACAAAUCUUGGAGUGAAGAAAAAAGGUAUGUAAUUUAACAGUUAUUCGGGCCCAGUCAGAAAGCUAAUCCCAGAAAAUAGUACAUAUUUAACACGAAAUAGUUCCUACGCAUGCGUGUAACUUUCAAAAUGUGUAGAAUAUUUUGGUAACUGUGGUAUUGAAUGACUGGUGUGAUAACUGUAGAACAUUUUUUUACUUAUAAUUUUGAAUAAUAAAACAAAAUGCAUGAAAUUUAAAAAGGAGGGUAUAUUUUGCCUGUUUGUCAGAUCUGAAGUACCUGUUUUGGUACAUCCGAAGUACCGGGAACUAGUUUUCUCUUAUAUGCAAUUAAAGGUACGUUGAUUUUUUCAAUACAAAACGCCAUGAUGUGUUGAUUUGACAUGCAAUGAUUCUGACUUUAUUAAGACUUGAGACAAAAGAACUGUGGCUGCUUCAAAUUGACGAAUUUAACAUAGAAAGCAAUGGGGUCAUGAAUUAGUGGUGUGCUUCCUAUAAAGCUUUAUCAAAGCCCUAAUCUGUAUUGCGGUUUAAUCUACUUGAGGUAUAUAUGAUAAAGUGUAUAAGACGUAUAAAAGGUAUGGUUUUUUGAUAUCACAUCUGUUUCAACCCUAGUUACAAAUAUAAUCCCAAGAGGUCUGGUGUGUGAUUUAUAGAUUAUCAAUAGUUUUUCAAACGAGAGGCUGUUUCUCAGCUACAAUCUCUUCUCAGGGCGAAAGCCCUGAGAUGAGAUGUGGCCGAGAAAAAUCAUCGAGUUUGAAAGACCAUUGGUAAUCUUUUUAUCGCUAUUUUGCCUAUGACGUCAUUAUAUAAUGUUUAAAUUGAAAACGGCACGUGUGCUCUUAGUUUCUGACGAUAAUUUUCUUUCUAAAGCGAGAAGCUUGAUAAGAAAAAUUAUCACAAAAAAAAAGAUCGAAGCAAAAAUAAGCAAAAUAGCGAUAAAAUAAGUUUCCAAAAUCAUUGAUUUAUUUGUACAUGUAUAUUUUAAUAUAUUCAUUUUUGGGGGCAAUAACUUUGUGUCUUGGUAUUCUAAGGAAAUGCAAAGAUCUAAGAAUGGCCAACCGAUUUCUGAUAACUUCAAAGCUCUACUUAAAGGAAUAGAUCAAAUGAUACCCGCAUGCCUCCAAGAAAAGAUAUUUCGACACGUUAGUUGGCAGAGGUAUUUUCUAGAAAGACUGAACUUCAAACUUGCAGCUCGGAUAACUAAUGCAAUGCGAACUGAAGAUGAAAAACGAAUGAUGGCUAAACAAGUCAUGAAAAGGAUACAGAAAGUGAGAGAAAACAUCAAAGCUGUUCAGUCGAAACUGAAAAUUGUAGCAAAAGAACAAUGUCAGAAAAGUUCAGAACGGCUUAAUCACUGCUUACAUCUACCGGAUAUACGGAAUAAACUGUUUUCAUGGACGGAUGAAGUUCUGCCGGAAAAGGACGACAUUGAAACGAUUGAAAAGGAAGUUAUGCGUUUAGUGGAGCAAUGUAUAGCUGGACAAAUACAAACCUGGCUUCAAGAAUCUAAAAAUUGUGGACUUUCUGAAUUUAUGGCAGAACAGUUUAAGAAAGAAUGCUCUAUAAUUGAAUCUGAUUGUACUGAAAUAGAUGAAAUAAUUCUUGGACGAUCAUUUAGUACUUGUGAACUAGGUAUGACCAAAGCACGACAAUCGGACAGAGAUAAAUCAAGUUUUACAAGUAUAUCUACUUCACAAAAAGUCGCCAUUCUUGCAACAAUUCCAAUAUGGGUGCCUUUGUCUGUAGUCGUUGGAUUAUUUGCUUUACCGAUUGGUAUUGGAUAUUACACAGUUGGUAAGAUAACAAACCAAAGAAGCGUAAAAGAAUACAGGCAAAAUAAACAAGGAUACGUCAAAAAUAUUGCAGAAAAAAUGCUUGAUGAAAUUACCGUACAAUUUUUGAAGGAGAAAGUUUUUGGACAAUUUUUAAAUGAAAUUAAUACCCAAAUAGAUCAAUUCUGUGACUCUACUGUUCCGAGACGAAUUUCAGCUGGGGAAAUACUGAUCAAAGGAAUAAAAAAAGACAUACGGCAACCUAUAGAAAUAAGGAAACAAUGCAUUUUAGUGGAUAGCGACUUUAAAUCAGCUUAUGGCCGUGUUUUAUUUAUUUAUAUCGAAUAUUUUGAUAUGUUUAAGUUAAGUCAAUCAUACGUUCGAAAGAAAGACCUUCCAAAUGAGUUUGAAGUGUUUGUAAAUGGAGAAUGGAAAGAUACAGUAGUAAAACAAAUGAAAUGGUCAUACAGUAAUAAUUCAGACUGUUCAGUAUUGAGUGAAAUCCAGAUAUUAAGAAACAUCAAGCAUAAAAACAUUUUAGAUGUUCUUGGAAUAACACUCGCAACUGGAAAACGAGAGCACAUUCUGGAAAUAUACACAGAAAAAUGUGAUAAAAGUUUAGAGACCGCCAUUUUUCAUAGUACAAAACUAGCUGAGCCGUGGAGAUGUAUUCAUCUUUAUUUGUGUCAGUGUUUAGAGGGACUGACUUACCUUCACGAACAUGGACUAAUCCAUGGAAAUGUCAAACCUUCUAAUAUUUUGAUGAAAGAUGGCAUUGCAAGAUUAGCCGGUGCUGGCAUUCAUCGACCCAUGUUAAAGGGUCCAAUUCAUGGCAUAGCAGUAAUCAAAGCACCAGAUUUGUUACGAUCUUUAUUUUAUGGUAGAGAAUCAGACGUAUUUAGGUUUGGAAUUGUACUGUGGGAAUCUUGGUACCGUAGUUCUGCUCUAAAUGACGACAAUGAAUCAUCUCUUGAAUCCUACGAACAGUUAUCUUACAUCAUCCUUGAAGGAAGAAGACCUAAUUUUGACGGGAAGAUUAUCAACAAAUUAAAAGUAUUAAUACAACACUGUUGGAGAAAAGAUCCAGUCGAUCGGCCGACGGCUAGAAAUAUUCUUGAACGAUUACAGAAUAUACGAAAAGAUGCAUAAGUAUUUGAAACAAAUCUUAAAUGAACGAGAUGAAAGAAUCCAAAUUACAAAAGAAUUCUUUCUACAUCUACUCUCACAGUUGUUUUACAUCUUAUGUUAUUGCGCUUUUUGAUUUUGCCAUUUGAUUAAGGACUUUCCUUUUUGAAUUUUCCUCGGAGUUCAGUAUUUUUCUGAUUUUACUUUUUUCGUAAGUUUAAACUUAUUAUUAAGUUAUUAUUUAAUUAUUACUUAUUAUUAAUUAUUAAUUAUUACUUAUUAUUAAAUUAUUAUUUAAU